AGUAUGCCAAGUUGGUUCAGUUUAUAAUGAGUUGAUUCACUGAUUGUUGACUUGAUCCUAUCUUGCUGUGCUUUGCUUGUUCAAAGCAGAUUCACCAUCAUUCACUAUUCAAUCACUACAAUGCAACCUUGAUUCAAAUCAAACCCUGUAUUUUAUAGGAAAACAAUCUGCUUGAUUCUAUUUUCUGAUUCACUAUUAUUACCCCAGAAUAACCCACCCUAUCAUUUUAACUGCCUAUUUGAAUUUGACCAAUUAAACUAAAUUUAUUAAUCACUUCCUGGUCUCUGUGAUUGAGAUUUGAAAUUCAGCUUGAAAUUUUUCUUGCUUGCGCGUGAAGCUAAAUUAUUCUUAGGAGUGACUCACUUUGAUUCGGGACCCCGGCAGGUUUGCUACAAACUCGGUUCAUAUCGGCUUAACAUUCUUCGAACUGCAAAAUUGUGCUUAUUGGAUUUAAAACUCCUUCGAAAGCCUGAAAUUUAUGUUCAUGCAAAAAUUUAGAAUCAGAAUUAUUGAAUAAUUCCUCAGCCUUAUCUGAAAAAUUGUAAUUGAGAGCCUAUUCUUCCUUCGAGUGGCAUCGAGACUUUGCUAAUUGAUUCUAAACAAUUGCGCAAAGAGAUCUUCCUCGACAAGUGAAGAACGAAAAAUCAUUGGAAAUUUGGAACGGGCAAGCACACUUUUGUAUUGAGCCAAGAAUCACUUUGAAGUUGGCUGUCGCAGACAAACAACACAGUUCAGCCGACAAUUUGGAUAAAAUGACAAUUGCAGGCAAUGGCUCAUUCAGUGAUGGUCCGUCAUCUGAUGAAGCAGUGGGAAGCGGGAGUCAAAUGAGUGGAUUUUGUGGUGCUUUCAAUGCUGCGAGUCUGAAGGCGCUGACUGAUCGCACUGGAUACACGUUACUGCAGCAAAACGGCCAGAGAAAGUAUGGUGGGCCUCCUCCCAGCUGGCAGGGACCUCCGCCGACCAAGUGUGAAGUAUUCGUCGGCAAAAUUCCUCGGGACUUGUAUGAGGACGACCUGGUCCCAGUUCUGGAAAAGGCUGGAAAGAUCUACGAACUGCGUCUGAUGAUGGAUUUUUCCAACCACAACCGAGGAUAUGCGUUCUGUACAUACCAGCAGAAAGACGAGGCUUUGGCGGCUGUCAGGAUUCUGAAUAACUAUGAAAUAAGACCGGGUCGCAUGAUUGGUGUCUGCAUGAGUAUCGACAACUGUCGGCUGUUUGUAGGUGGCAUUCCGAAAAACCGAACGCGUGAAGAGACUAUGCAUGAGAUGUCUCAAAUCACAGAGGGCGUCGUAGACUGCAUCAUGUAUCCGAGUGCCGCUGACAAGACUAAGAACCGUGGGUUUGCAUUUAUAGAGUACGAAAGCCACCGAGCGGCAGCCAUGGCUAGGCGAAAGCUCAUUCCGGGUAAGAUUCUUUUGUGGGGACAGCAAAUAGCGGUGGAUUGGGCAGAACCGGAAGCACAAGUGGACGACGAAGUUAUGAAAUCGGUUCGGAUCCUCUAUCUUCGGGGACUGCUAUUGACGACGAAAGAGGAGCGACUAGAGGAAAUCAUCACGAAGAUGUUCGACCACAAAGCACUGGAGAGGGUGAAGAAGAUUCGUGACUUUGCAUUCGUCCAUUUUUACAAUCGGGAAGACGCUGAGCUCGCGUUCGAGCGACUGAACGGGGCAGACAUUGAGGGAGUGGAGAUUGAAGUGACAUGGGCCAAGCCUCCAGACAAAGACCAGAUCAGAUACACGAAGGGAAACCACAAGCCAGUUCCCGCGCUUCCCAUUCCUCCAAAUUUCAACGAAAUGGGAUCUCUAUUUGAGACUCCGUUCAGACAGUCUUUGCAGAUGCCGUACGUCGGCAGUCCACCGGGAUCUCUGAGUGCAGCUUCGAAUCAAGUAUUUGGAUAUCCGUCUGGUGGGAGCUCAUCUAACGGGUCAAUUCCCUCGGCAGGAAGAAUGAUCGGCAAGGGUUCGGCUGGAAUGAAGGGUGCAGGGGUGAAGUCUCAAUACAACCGGAUGCUCCAGCAACAACAACAGCAGCAACAAAUGGCGGCAGUUGCUGCUGUAAUGCAGAGAGGCAACCCUAUGAUGCCAUCGGGAAUACCGCCGGGCGCGGCUAACCCUAUGUUGGGACCGUCGUUACAACAGACACCCGGGUUCAUGUCACCGGGCUUCAAACGAACAAAUGAUUUCCUCGAAGAGAUCUGCUUGAAGAAUGGCUGGAAUGCACCCGUGUACACCUACCUGAAGAACCCCUCGGCAACCGGAUUUCCUCAAUUCUCCUGCAAAGUGCAGAUCUACUUGAACAAGCCGGACGGUGAGCCCCCAAUGAGCAUGCAGUUCCAGUCACCGCGUCCCUGUGCAACCCUAGAGGAAGCCAAGUACCUGGCUGCUGAGAACGCUAUCUGCAGUAUGGUCUACACUAACAGGGACCAGCUGACCAUGAACUACGCAUCGCCCAUCGGGGCAGCCGCAGCAGCAGCACAGUACAUGUCUCCGGUGGAGCACGCUCAGCGCAAAAUUCUGGACGGUGGAAUGGGGGCGGCUGCGAUGGCUGCACAGCAGAGCCAGCAGGCACAGGCCAUGCACAUGAACCAGAUCAACAUGCAACUGGCCCAGGCAGCAGCCGCUUUCAACUUCCCUCCUACAGCCGGCAUGUUUGGGCCAUCCAACUGAGGUUCACGCGAGGAUUACGCGAAGAUGACAUGUGCGAAGGGAAAAUGGACGAAACCAGGAUAAUUUGGAUAAUGAAAUGUGAUGAUGUGAACACAAGCAUCGACUAGUUACCACACAAAAUCAAAUUGUGAGCAUGCAGACUAAAUUCCAAAAUUAUCGAAAACACUCAAUGAAAUUUUGCGACAAAGCUUAUAUCAACCUGGAAAAAUUUACGUUCUGUUAAUUCUGUUGCAGUUUGUGAUUCCAAUUAUUCGAGAUAUCGAUCAUUUUUAUUAUUUUGAGAAUAAGCAACAACCUUGCGGCUACCGGUGACUUUUGUUUGUAAAAAUAGCUCCUUAUGUUCUAAAGUCAAUAUGGUAUAAAGUCUCAACUAUUUGUAACAGUUUCGCAUCAACUAGCCUGAAAAUUGUUGAAUAUUUAACAGCCAAGUUUCGCCAUCAGUUUCAUAUCCUUGUGAAAAUCAACCUUUAGCUAACCUGCAUUAGCACAAUAGAAUUCCUACUAGAGCACUCAUUGAGGAAGACGCAGCAUUUGAAACUUUCACGUUCGAAUUUCUAAUGAUUAAUUAAUGAUUAAUGAUGAAGUGGAUCGAUCGAAGUCGCUUCGGUUAAAUCGCUUUAGCUUAAAUUUAAUAUGUUUCAAUGGGAGGUCUAAAUUGACCACCGGACACUUUGCAUUCAAAAGUUACUUUUAAAUUGUAAUCUCUAAUCUCAAAUUAUAAUCUUGAUUUGCGCUGUGGGGCUCAACUUCUCUUAAUCGUUGAAUAAUAUCUCUUAUUUGGUGUCGUUCGCCGCGUUGCAAGAGUUGUCGGUGAACCAAAACCCGACCUCUGACGCUAUCGGGGAACAAUGAAGCUCAUCAACUGGACCAUUUCAUGUGCCUUAGUGUAGUUUAAUAGGUCGCUAAUAGCCGUUGUGUUUGAACGUAUGGUUUUGUUGAGUUAUUUUACUUUGUAAGUAAAAACUUGAAUUAACUUAUUGCCACUUUCA